AUGGAAAUUAACUAUGAUUCUUCAAAGAGUGGCAGUGGAAUCUUGGAACAGCUCGAGCAUCAAGUGAAGUUAAAGAUAAAUACCAUAAAGGGCUUACUAGACUUAAGGUCAAAUAAACCAAAUGAGAAGUAUAAAGAGAUUUUUGCUGAGGUUCUCAGGACCUUCUCUGAGGUCAACGAUCUUGUCGACACACUUACUGCGAAGAUCGAGAAUGAGAAACUCUUUGUAAAAUAUAUAGGCUACAUACUGAAUUCAAAUGAACUUCAGAUGGAAAAUUUAAAAAAGAUGUCGGAUAUUUUAAAUGAUACACAGAUUAAUUCAGAAUCUUGCAAACCUAAGGACGAUGAAUCAUCUGGGAGUCCAAAUCAUAAGAACUCUCUUGGGAACAGUUCUAAGAAAGAUUCUAAUAAAAACCCGCUUAUAAAUUCUAUAAAGACCAUAAAACCUCCAAUAUUUAAAAAUAAAUAUGGAAAAGAAACGAGAUAUGUCAUUUCCAAAAGGAUGUGA